AAAGUUUUUAAAAUUUUUAAAAUUAUUUAAACUUUCCAUUUCAGCUCAGUCUGGUAGUACUACAUUAGGAAGUGUCUGGUGAUUUUUUAUCGUACUUAUUGUCAAUUUUCUAUUUAUUUUUUGCUGUUGCGUUAUCAAUAUAUUUUCAUCGGUGUUUCUGUUUUUAUACAUGCCUCCAAAAAACAUGGAAUUUGUAUAAUCACACCCCCACUGUAUAAACAUAACUAAGAAAAAACAAUGUAUCAACGCGCAAACGCCUCUUAUCGCUCGUAUUUAUACAAAUCUGUGUGAAAUUGUGUGUGUUGGUGCUCUCGUGGCAACCACAGCGGUUAGGGCUAUUAUAUAGUAUUUUAGAAUUGGAGCCUCUGACUCCAGUUCUCAUUUUGCUUUCGUCUACUAACAACGUCGCGUAAAUCGUGUUCCUAUUGCGUCGUUAUUUGUCGGUAACGUCGGUGCAGUUGAUUUUCUUUUGUCCAGUCUGGUUUUCAGAUGUACAUCACAUUCGCUUGUCAUCUUAUUUCAAAAACUGUUUUUAUGUAAAGUUUAUUUAUUGCUUGAAUAUAAGUAUGUACAUUUGUAUGCACAAUUGCUCAAUCAAAAGUUCAGCUACGUAAAUGCGAGUAAAUACAUAACAUCCGUUAAGCAGUGAUAUUAGUUAAUAUGUGCUACAGGAAGUCACCGCCCACACAAAUUAUUUCCAAUAGUACACCCACCAUACAAAGGCUUAUCAAUUUUAUUGUGCAGUUUUAAAAAGUGCUUUCUACGAUUUUGCUUUUUUUUGUUGUGUGAAGAUACGAUUUUGGCCGUGAUUCAAUCUGAAACUUGAAACGUGACGUUUGUAGAAUAUAAUAUAAGUAUACCUUAAGCGUGAUUUUAAAAUAGUUGUAAUGUGCUGGCGUGUAAAAGCAUAGCUGUUUCUGGUUUAUUUACUUGCAAAUUUACACUAAAAAAAUCGGUUGUGACAACAUUGCCUUCACAUUGAAACGGAUUUGCUGUUUGCGAGCUUAUCGAGGACGUAUGUGCGACAACGGAAGUGCAGGCUCUUUCAAGUGGGUAUACGUGUGUCCGUACGCCUAAGCGUCUCGAGUGUUUGCUCCACACACAUUUUGUUUGUUGGCCACACAAAUUGCAACCGACCCACCACCUUAACCACCAAUACUAAAUAAACGACCUACAAUACUGACGUAGAAAGGCAUUAAAGAAGAAUAUCGGUCCCACAUAAUUAUUUGCAUUUAAAUUAAAUUGAAUUUUACUACACGCAUUGAAAAAAGCUAAAACAUGGAUUUGAAGUUCGUCAAUGUCAUUAUAUUGGGCUUCGGCUUUAUGUUCGUAUUCACAGCCUUCCAAACUAUGGGUAACAUUGAGAAAACAAUUCUAGACAGCAUUGCGAAGGAGGACAAUAAUUUCACCGGCGAUGGCUACACCAGUUUGGCGAUUAUUUAUACGACAUUUUCCCUUUGCAAUUGGCUAGCGCCGUCCUUCAUCUCAUUCACAGGUCCCCGUGUGGCCAUGUUGGUGGGCUCACUCACUUAUACGCUAUUCAUGCUCGUUUUUCUAUUUCCCUCCAAUUGGCUGCUCUACUUGUCGAGUGGUAUUUUGGGCGCCGGUGCCGCCAUCACUUGGACCGGUCAGGGUAACUUUUUGGCACGAUGCAGCGAUCUCUCUACGAUAUCACGCAACUCGGGCGUCUUCUGGGCGCUACUGCAGUGCAGCAUGUUUUUCGGCAACAUCUUCGUCUACUUCCAAUUCCAAGAUAAGGAACACAUUGAUGCGGGCACACGCACCAUGGUCAUUGGUGUACUGACGGCUUUAGCUGUAUUAGGUAUAGUAUUCCUGGCAGCAUUGCGUCCCAUGGAGGAUAAUUCGGUGGGCACGUCUGAAAUGCAACGCCAGCAACAACAGCAUCGUACUGGCUGGGGUAGCGCAGUAUAUGCGCUCAAAUCGGCUGGACAACUCUUCAUCACAAGGGAUAUGCUCUUACUUAGCGUCGCUUUUCUCUAUACUGGUAUGGAAUUAUCCUUCUUUAGCGGCGUUUAUGGACCAUCCAUUGGUUUCACGAAGAAGAUACACAACACACCGAAGGAAAUCGUUGGCUUGGCUGGCAUUUGUAUAGGCGCUGGUGAGGUAUUCGGCGGUGGUCUGUUCGGCAUUCUCGGCAAGAAGACAACACGCUUUGGACGCGAUCCCAUCGUAAUUGCCGGCUAUGUCAUACAUAUGAUUGCAUUCUUUCUGAUAUUCCUCAACUUGCCCGACAAUGCGCCAUUCAAAGAUACCGAAGACAUCUCGUAUAUGGAUCCACCACGUGCUUGGAUUGCUCUUUUAUGCGCUUUCAUGUUGGGUCUUGGCGAUGCCUGCAUGAAUACACAGAUCUACUCGAUGUUGGGUGGUGUGUAUGUGAAAAAUUCCGUGGGCGCCUUCGCGCUCUUCAAAUUCACGCAGUCUAUUGCUGCCGCCAUAAGCUUCUACUACUCCUCACAUCUCGGUUUGCGCGCUCAAUUGGUUAUUUUGGUUGUUUUCGGCACAAUAGGCACAGCUUGCUUCUGCAUCGUGGAAUGGGCGGUGAAGCGACGACAACGAGAAUCGCCGGAAGACUCCAGAACUGUCUCGCAAGACUCGCGUUCUGUUUCAUAUGAUCAAUAAAAUAAGUUCUUCAACUCCUAUAGCUCCCCGUAAAGCUCAACUGAAUGUGGCAUAUGCGACCUGAUCUGACAACAACAACAAUUAUAAAGCUGAAACAGAAGCAGAAAAGUUAAAUAUAUUCAUAUACAUAUACACACAUAUUUAUAAGUAAGUUGAAAUCGAUAUUUGGUUUAAUGUAAUUAAGAACUUCGAAAGUAAGGCAUUGUUGCGACAGUGUGUGCAUAAAGUAUUUAUACAUAUGUACGUAGAUGUAUACAAAUGUGCGUUGGCUUAUGUCGGUAGUGUUUGGUCUUCCGGGACAAUAAUUAAUGUCAAGCUAAAAAACAAAAAAACAGAUAUUGUUAUAUAUUGUAAUUCACUAGUGUAAAUUUUCGACGCAUUUUUUAUGCGUUUAAUAAUGAUAUUGCAAUAUUUUCCAUUUGUUAUAACGCCAAACUACAUACUGUUUGUUUUUAGAUAUGAGUUUUUUAUAUAUACAAUAUUUUAUAAAAAAAAACAAGACACAAGUUGACUAUAUGUAUUAAAAAAUCCUGUUUGAAUUUAGAUAAAUGUAAGUGUAUGUUUGUAAUUGCUGUAUAUACAUAUUAUUAAAAAUAUAUGUAAUAAAACUUGUUAGACCCUUAAUAUUAAAUGAUACACGAAGUUUUCGUCCGAUAUAAUCGUUUUACAGAUACAAUUAGUAGUUGUUUUGAUUGCUUAGCAGUAAUGGAGAAUAUUUUAAAUAGAAAA